AUUGAAUUUCAUACACGAAGAAGAGACCAAACUGUUCGGCGCUAAUAAAACCCGGAAGUAAAUAGUUUGUUUUUCUUUACAAGUUUGGUUUAUCUGAGUAUACAGUUAAGAAGCUGGGUUUAUUGUUAUAUAGAAUGGGUUAAUAACUAAACAUUACAUGUGCAUUUUUUCUUUUGUUGAAUAAAAUGUAAGAAUAUGUGAGAUAAAUAGUUGAGUUAUAACGGAGCUGGUAACAGAAGUCAGGAUUAGCCGCUGUGAGGAAGCUAAUGUUAUGUAAGCUAAUGUUUCAGGCUCGGUUCGGGCUGAAUGGCGAACCGGAAGAAUUCUGAGUCUGGGGGUGAGUCUGAGUUGUUGUCUGCUUUAGAGCAGCUCAGCUCGUCCAGGACGCUCCGCUUUAAACCCGUUUCCCCGCUGCGUGUCGCCGUGCUCGCGCUUGACCGCUAUCUGGUUGACGCGCGCGCCGCUCCCGACAGCGACAGCAACAGCUACAGCUACGACGUGACGAUCACCGACGGAACAUGGCGCGUGAAGUGCUGGCUGGCGCCGGGACUGAACCGCAUGGUCCAGGUGAACUCUCUCCGGUGCGGGUCGCGCGCUCUCAUCGCGCACCUGUCUCUUGUUCACGACGAGACGCGGCUCCGGCGCAGCUGUGUGUGUAUAGAGGAGGCGCGAUCCGAUUCCUCCGAUCCCGAUAUUUUACUCGCGAUAAAAGACCCGGAUGCGAUACGGUGGUGGACGCACGAGUCUGUCGGUUCUUCUGUGAUGCCUCUCGCUGAUGUUCCUCUGCAGUACAACAGGAGACAUUACUUAUCGCUGUGGAACAAUGAAGAUCCGCACGGCGCGCUGUGGCUUCCCUUCACUCCUCCACCGGAUGUAGCGAUAGACGUAUCUAAGAUUUCUCUUCUGGGAGAUUUGGAUGUGUUCUUGGCCUCAUCCAGAAGGCCGUUUCCUCUGCUGGUCCGAGUGCUGCACAGAUCUCGUUUAAGGUACUACGGAAAACCUGGACAAAACAUCGACUUCCCCUUUCAGGCGUACUUCGAGGUGGCUGAUCAGAGCGGAGUCAUGUCCAUGGUCCUGUGGAAUGACCUGUGUCCGGAGUGGUAUCAGCGGCUGGUGGUGGGUUCAGUUCUUUACCUGCAGCAUUACAAACUGAAACGCAGCUACCAGAACCGCUCCAGACCUCAGCUCAGCACGCUGCCUCUCAUCUCCUUCAGCUCCACAGAGAUCUGCUUGAACCCUCGAAGUCCGUCAGCCGUCAUCACUGUGAUUCCUCCUAAAAGCGUUCAGCCUCAAUGGAGCUUACCCGAGGUCACCUACAAUUUCUCUACCAGAUGUGAAGUCGAGAGUCUGGCCAGGAACCAGGCCUGUGACAUCAUCGGCCUGGUGACGUACGUCAGCCGCGUCGAGCGAAUCAGAAACAGAGCAAAUACAGUCCCGGAGAAGUUCUGGACGUACCGGUGGGUUCAUGCAGUGGAUGGAACCUCAGACUCUCCCUUCAUCCUGGAGAUUUUUGCCUCUUCUCAGCCCGAGAUCUUUAACAACAUCUCUCCCAUGACGUAUCUCGUGUGUACUCACAUGCGUGUGUGUCGGGAGACGGGUCCAGGCUCGGGUCCAGGCUCGGGCUCGGGUUCAGGUUCUGCUCUUUACCUGACCAGCAGCACAGAGACUCAGCUCUUCGUCACAGGCUGCCACAGGAAACAGCCGUAUGUGUCUGACCCGAAGGUCAAAGCCUUCAUCCAGUGGACGAAGACUCUGAAGGACAGUGUAGUACUGAGGAAGACCACAGUGGGGGGGCAGUACUGUUACCCCCCUCCCCCACCCACCUUCACACCAAAUACCACCAGCAACGGAGCGAGUGAAGGAGCGUCUCCAUCGUUAAUGGCCGUAGGAGACCUACGGAAGGAGCUAGAGAGUCUGCAGUAUCGAGAACACAGGAGAGUGGCAGUACAGGGCCACAUCACUGCUGUGCAAUACCACCGGUGGCCACCGGAGGCGCCUCACACCACGCCUCAGAGCGAACAACGACCGGUGGAGCAUGACCCAGUGGGCGUGGCCAGAGGCUCCACCUCUUCCUUUGGCACCGGAGCACAGCGACAGGGCGAGACGUCCUCGGCGUCGUCACGAAGUGAAGUCGCAAAUUCUCCUAAGCGGAGGAGAGUUGAGCAAGGAGUGCAGAGGCAGUACUGGACCAGAGCCAAGCGGCAGUUAGAAAGACAGGUAAAGCCAGCAGAUCUUCAUGAGGAUGAGGAGACCAAAAGAAGGUCUGAUGAAGAGGACAGUGAAGGACUUUCCACGCCGUCACCUCAGCCUGCAGACAACAGUGAGACAGGAAGCCCCCCCGACACACAGCAAUCUCCCACUCAGCCUGUUGCAUCAUGGGAGAGCAGCGCGUGGCCGUUACUUAAGCAGGACGUCAAGGAUCACGUGCGCUGCGCCUCUCUGGAUUGUGAGAGUGUUCCGGAAAAAUUCCGAUUCGACGACCGAGACGUGCUCCUACACAGGGUCAACCUCAGCCCCGCGAAGUGGAGCCCGGACCUUCCAUCAGACACCAACUCGGACACACACACUCCUGUAAACUUCACAGGAUACCUCACUCUCACAUUACUGGGGUUAAAUCAGCAGGCAGCGGUCGACUCCCUCUUCCUCCCCGUGUUUUGUGCCGAGGAUCCGCGGGCAGUAGGGACGUCCUACGGUCUCCAUGACAACACACUGAUGUCAUGCCUUUCCACAGGUCGUGUCUGUACUCAGGCCAACUUUUCACCAGAGACAUUAUUGAGCUCGGCAUCGGCUCUGGAGGACGAGCGCGUGGUGUGUGUGUUGGACGUGUGUCUGCUGGGUGAGAACCGGCUGGAGAUGAUCUGCUCUAAAGUGUACAGGACAGCAGAUAUCAUCACUCCUGUGUAAAGCAAAUCCACACACACAUGUUUGAAUAACUUACCCUUGCGUGCCAGGACGAGGCCAGCCAAUCCAGACACAGUGAUUAUACCAACUCUGGGCAGGAAGCCAGGGGGCGGGUCCCUCAGGAAAUUAUACGUGUCUGACAUCACCAAAAGAUCAAGAAUCAGAAAUCAUAUUGUAGGAGACCCCCAAUCUCCCUGCACUGGUAGAAAUACACAGAAUACUCAGAAUACUCACCUUGACCAGCUUGGUAUAAAGACACAGCGCCGACUUUCACCGAGGUGCAAGUAUUCUGUAUUGAAGAAAAGAUUGGCGUUGACAUGAACAAAAACAUUUAACCAGAAAAACAGCAGGUCAACAAUUUUUAAUUCAACGUUCAUAAUCUUACAUAUACUAUAGAAAGGCAUUAACAUAAACAAUAGGUCUGUUCUGCCAUCCCAUAAUGCUUGUCAGUACAAACAGGCAAAUUAAAAGUUGUGUGUGUUUUUUUUUUUUUUUAACAAUAUAAUUACAGUAAUUCCAGAUUUUAUCCCAAUAGGAUUCAAUUACUACAUAUAUUCUUAGGAAAUUUUCCAGAAUUCCAUGGUAUAAUUAUAUUAUUAUCAGGAAAAACGUAUGGAUCCAUGCCGCUCAGCCAUAAUGCGUCAUCACUGUUUAUAAAUCCGAAGACUUUGAUUGUUUUAUGACGACGUUUUCGCCCCAGCUUGGUGUUCACCUGCACG